AUGGAAGUAUACGUUGAUGACAUGCUGGUCAAAAGUGUACUGCCGCAAAACCAUGUCCUUGACUUGCAAGAGACGUUCUCAACCUUGAAGAGGUAUGGGAUGAAGUUGAAUCCCUCAAAAUGUGCAUUCGGAGUCUCAUCGGAAAAAUUCCUCGAUUAUAUGGUGUUGAGCGGAGGAAUAGAAGCCAACCCCGAGAAGAUACAAGUUGUUCUAGACAUGCAGUCUUUGAAGAAUCUAAAGCAGCUCCAGCGGUUGAUGGGAAGAAUUGCGGCACUAAAUCGAAGCCUUCGAACAGCUAAUGAAGUAUCUGAUGAGUCCACCUCUGCUAACCAGACAAUAUCUAGAGUAGUGUCGUAUCUGUACUUAGUUGUAUCUCCGACAGCUGUCAGUGCAACAUUAAUCCGAGAAGAAGGAAUUCAAUGGCCUAUGAUUUUGACUGAGUACCCAUUGAAGAAAGUGUUAAGGAGGCUAGAUCUGUCGGGAAGAUUAGCUAACUGGGCAAUUGAGCUGGGAGAGUUUGACAUUGAGUCUCUCCCUCGAAAUUCCCUCAAAGGUCAAGCGCUAGCUGAUUUUCUGGCAGAGUUCACUAAUUUGCCUGAUGUCACUGGCUGGCCAAGUGAUGAGACGUGGGUAAUUUAUGUAAAUGGGUCAUCUACGAAGAAGCAUGGUGGAGUUGGAAUAGUGAUGAUUACUCCUGAUGAGGAAGAGUUGUGCAGUUCUUUGAAGUUAAAAUUCAAAACUACAAAUAACAAGGCUGAAUAUGAAGCAGUUUUGGCAGGACUCGGUUUAGCUUGUGAAAUGGGAGCCAAAUUCGUGGAGGAGAUGCAGAGUUUGUUCAAGAAGUUCUGCAUUGUGAAAAUCCCCAGGCCAGAGAAUGAAACAGUAGACAGACUGGCUCGAACAGCUUCGACAGUAGAUGGGGAGACUGAAGAUGAAACACCAAUCCAAAUUCUUCCACAGUCAUCCAUUACCGAGAUGGUGUCGGUCUCGACAGCCGAGACCAUACCUGAUUGGCAACUGGAAAUCGUGGAAUACCUAGAAAAGGGAGUCCUUCCUUCAGAUCGAAAGUUAGCUACUCAGUUGAGGAUAAGAGCUAUGAGGUUUACAAUGGUAAAUGGAACUCUUUACAAAAGGGGUUUCAUGUUACCACUCCUCAAAUGUGUUUCAAAAGUGGAAGGGAAUUAUAUCCUCGGAGAGAUCCAUGAAGGGAUCUGUGGAAGCCAUUCUAGAGCUAGAAUAAUGGCACACAAAACUGUCCGAGCAGGUUUCUAUUGGCCCAACAUGAGUCGAGACUCGGCAGAAUUAGUCAGAGAUUGUGACAAGUGCCAGCGAUUCGCUAAUGUUACUCACCAACCCCCUGAAGACCUGAGUGCAAUCUCUUCACCUUGGCCCUUCUCACAAAGGGGGAUAGACAUAGUGGGACCAUUGCCUCGUGGCAAGGGGGGUGUACGGUUUGCAGUUGUCGUUGUGGAUUAUUUCACCAAAUGGGCAGAGGUUGAAGCUUUAUUGAAUAUCACAGCCAAUGCGAUAGAACGGAAUUACUACUCAUCUCCGAGGCACCCUCAGGUGAACGGGCAAGUAGAGGCCACCAACAUAACAAUCUUCAAAAUCUUGAAGAAAAAACUUGAUGAUUGCAAAGGAGAGUGGGCAGAAGACCUUCGAGAAGUUUGGAGGGCAUACUGGACAAACAAAAGAACUCCAACCAAGGAGACACCAUAUGCCUUGGCAUUCAGAACUGAGGCGGUCAUCCCAGCUGAGGUAGGCUCAGGCAGCUAUCGUGUAGAGACCUUCCAGCCCGAGACCAGUAACGAGGGCUUACAGCUACACCUGGACUUGCUUCAAGAGAAACGGGAUCAAGCCCAAGUGACUAUGUCAACACACCAGGCAAGAGUAGCUCGGUAUUUCCAUAGAACGGUCAAGGCUCAGAGCUUCAAAGUUGGAGAUAUGGUCCUACGUAGAGUCACGCUAGCGACCAAGGACCUAGCUGAGGGAAAGCUGGCUCCUAACUUGGAAGGACCCUAUAGGGUGAUUCAGUGCAAAAGCGCAGGAGCGUACCACUUGGAAGAUUCUAAAGGUAAGGCUCUUCCGAGGCCAUGGAAUGCUAAACACCUUAAAAAGUACUAUGUCUAA